AGCAAAUGAUACAUAGACGCGCUCCCCCCUCACAUUUUUCCCCGCGCUGCCCACCUCCCGACUCACUUACCCACAACGCUGGCCGUACUCCGUACGCGCAAUCCCUCCUCAAAUGUCGGUGGCUGGAUCGGAAGCCCGGGAUUCUGCUGUGACUUGCGCGGACCUCCUGGCGUACGACGAAGAACAGCUCGUUCGCUAUCUAAAGAGACAGGACCGUGGUGGGGAAUUCGAUAUUUCGAGUCUUGCCGGUGUGGAAUCGCUUUCAAAGAGCCAGCGAGAUGACUUGACGCAGAGACUCAGCAAAGCAGCUUUGCUGCUACCGCUCGGGAUCGAUGACCUUCACACGCGCCUGCAGAAUGUGGCCAGCACGCAAGACGACGGCUCUCCGGACCUCGAACCCUCACAAUCACGGCCCGACUCGAUCGCGGGCACUCCGCCACCUAUCGCCGUCCAAGACCUCGAUGUAUCAAGCCGCCAGGAGCUCGCCAGAGAUGGCGGCCGUCCGGUGUGCUCAAUCGAAGAGCUGUGUCACAUACUCGCUGCGCCCAUGGAAAGGUAUGAGACGAUUCUGUCAUGGCUCAGCGACUCUCCAGACUCUGAGACCGGGGCUGGAGAGCUGAAGACGGUCUUUUCGAGGCAGUUCAUGCGGUGGUGGGACUUUCGCAAGUCGCAAUGGGACAGCCGAGGCCUGGGCGACAGCGAGGCGGGCCUCUCUGCCUUCCUCGAGGCAAGCAGGCGCAGAUACGAGGGCUCGGGCGCAAAAGCGAUGGUGUCCGCUCCUUCGUUCGACGAGACCAUCCAGCGGCAGUGGCAGCAUAUGCCAGCAUCCCGACAGCCACCACCACCUGAGGGUCAAACAUUUGCCGCCUACAGCGACACUGUCAAGAUUCGCCUCGCACCCUACCACUUCACCCCAUCACUGCAGCUGAGGAAAGACCCACAGAAGCAGACUGCGUGGACCGAUUGGCUCGAGUAUCUUGGCUUCGAACUGAGGUGCUUGGAAAUGUUGACAGCCGUUGCGGAAUCUCUGGAACCGAAGUACCACCGAUCCACGAGGCGGCUGCUCAGGGCAACACAGCCGAAUGGAAACAACGCUGCGAGCGGCGUCAACAUGGCCAAGGAGUUGGCAGCAGCUCGAGCCGACCGGGACGCUAGCCAAAAGUCGAUCGACAACUUCCUCCGGGAGACGGAGGCGUACACACGGGCGCGCAGAGAUGCCUUGUACCAACGGCAUCGGGUGGAGUGGGUUAUCAAGGAGGCGCGUCUGAUGGAGGCGGAGAUGUCCCUGCAGAGGAACUUGGCGAAGAGCAGGAAGAGGAAGCAGCGCGACGAGGAACCCCCCGAGCCACAGCCCAAGAGGACCAGACAGAGAGGCGGUGGCGGUGGAAUGCAAAGGCGGUCGCAACGCCUCAUCCUCGGAGUACGGGUACUCGGCGGAGUACGCGGCGUCAUACCAGCCGGAAAGACUGAGCGAGCUCUGGCACCGUGCGUCUAA